AUGAAGUCGCGCCCGCAGGUCUACCCACGACUAUCAUUCCACCUCAUUCGGGCCGUCGCCUUCGUUAGUGCUUCCAUCGUCAGUGGGAUCCUGAUAUAUUUCUGCAUGCAACUGCGGCACGAUGGGUUUAAGUUGCCCUGGACGUUUAUCAUUGUCCUCGCCUCAAGCCUCCUCUCCCUCCUCUCCCUCGUCCUCACCUCCUUCCUGCACACCUGCUUCUUCCUCUCCCCACUCUUCAACCUGAUCCUCAACGUCACCGUCUUCAUUUUGUGGGUCGUCGGCUACGGGCUCUUGACAUGGAACAUGUACGGCACGCUGGGCCACAGCUGUUCACGCGCCAACUGGGCCUCGGACGACGGCAUGAUGAUCUGCCGCAUCUACAAGGCUCUAUACUCGUUUGAGGUUUUCGGGUUGCUGGCCCAGAUCGCCUUGAUUGUGUUGGAUGUGCGGACGCGGCGCGCGGAGACCAAGCUGGGCAAGUAUAACCAGAUGGGUGGGCCCCUUGUGAGAGGCGGUGCGGAUGUGAAGUUGGACGAUCUGAACAACGGACAAUCCGGGGCGUCGGGACUGCUCGGCGGCCACCAAGAGACUCCCCAGGACGACGGGCUACCCUAUGGAAUCGGAGAUUAUAACGAGUCGAGAUUGGGCUUGAGGGACCACGCAGCGGCCGACAUCACGGACUACAGCAACCACAGCCAAUCCGGACGGGUCAGAAUGGACGAUUUUAACGAUUCGACCAGCAGUUUUGGCUACAACGCAUACGCCCCACACACGGGGUAUGCGAAUGGCGGGUAUGGAUACGAACCGCAGCGAUGA